AGUUCACUCUCUCACUCUGCUGAGAUGUCCGGACGCGGUAAGCAGGGCGGCAAGGCGCGCGCCAAGGCCAAGACCCGCUCUUCCCGGGCCGGGCUGCAGUUCCCCGUGGGACGCGUUCACCGCCUGCUCCGUAAGGGCAACUACUCGGAGCGCGUGGGCGCCGGCGCCCCGGUGUACCUGGCGGCCGUGCUCGAGUACCUGACGGCCGAGAUCCUGGAGCUGGCGGGCAACGCGGCGCGCGACAACAAGAAGACGCGCAUCAUCCCGCGCCACCUGCAGCUGGCCAUCCGCAACGACGAGGAGCUCAACAAGCUGCUGGGCCGCGUCACCAUCGCGCAGGGCGGCGUGCUGCCCAACAUCCAGGCCGUGCUGCUGCCCAAGAAGACCGAGAGCCACCACAAGGCCAAGGGCAAGUGAAGCCGCAGGCGAUCGUAGCUUCCAUUAAACCAAAGGCUCUUUUAAGAGCCACCACCCUUUCCAUAAAAGGGCUUACACUACCUCUGCCAGUACUUCGAUUAUAGUGGUUUUUAUGCGUGAAUUCAGUUAGUCUCGGCUUUCCCAUAAUUUUUUCUCCGCUUCCGGAAUUUCACUGUUAAGCAACACCUCUGGUUCAUAACAAUUUAACUUGUAUUUGACAAAAAUUGAAUGCUUUAUCGAGUUUGUCAGUGAUAAAUGCAAACUAAGCACAUUGUCAACUUCUCGAAUAAAUGUGUAUUUCAAUGGCGCAAGAACAUUAAA